UGUGUAUUUCCGGUAGCGCUGCAGCUUCACGCGCAGCUCAGCAGGCUCGUUAAACUGGUGGAGGUGGACAUUGUUGUGGUAGCAGCUCAUCUCCGGAGGAUGAAGCGCCCGUAAUGAGCAGAAGACACCGCCGCUCCGUCAACGGAAAUCUGCCUCCAUUCAACCGAAGCAGAGCGGAGCCUGACGACGCGAUGCCGCCGACCUGAAAACCCACAACAUCUGCGAGGUUUUGCAUCCGUGGGUAGCGGGGUACGAUCUCGGCGGACCCAUCGGAGAUAAGCGCCUCCACGGGGCGGAUAUUUUCUCGAGAAAACGGACUGUUGAGCUCCGAGAGGCCUUUGGAAAACACAGCCCGCUGCUGAGGAGAUGAUGAUGAUGAUGGACUGACAUUAAUCGGAGCUUGCGGUGCAUCCUCACACACGACCUCAUUAAGGCCUGGAAGAAAGCAGCCUAAAUUAAGAAAUCACAUGACACAAGAAGAGGAUGAUGUGAAAACUCUCAGUUGAGCAUCAAAUACAGCAACAUUUGUGGGGGUUUAAAUAAUUUCUCAGGGACUCUGUAGGUUUUCUCGCUCACAAUGGGCAGUGAAGGUGAGAUCAUAACCAGAGAGCUGUCAAAGAUCUCUGAUGAGGAUUUGCUGGCCUGCUCCAAAGAGGAGCUGGUGAGCCGGUUGCGUAAGGAGGAGUCAGAAAAGAUCUCCGCUCUGAUCCAGCGAGGCAGGCUCAUCAAGGAGGUCAACAAGCAGCUGCAGGGCCACCUCCUGGAAAUCAGGGAACUAAAAGUCAUCAACCAGCGCCUGCAGGAGGAGAACACUGAGCUGCGGGACCUCUGCUGCUUCCUGGACGACGACAGGCUCAAGGUGAAGAAGUUGGCCAGGGAGUGGCAGCUGUUUGGCCACCACGCCGCCAAAGUGAUGCGGGAGGACCUGGGCGGCUACCUGAAGAAGCUCGCUGACCUGGAGCGCAUGCAGGACGGGCUGGUGAAGGAGAACCUGGACCUGAAGGAGCUGUGCCUGGUGCUGGAGGAGGAGUGUGUGAGCAGGAGCGACUCCAGCCCCGGCGGCUCCACGGAGCUCAACCUACCCUGCAUGGUGGCCCGGGACUUGGGGGACGGAAGCUCCAGCACGGGCAGCGUGGGGAGCCCAGACCAGCUCCACCUGGUGUGCUCACCUGACGACUGACGGCCUCAGGGGGGGCUUUGGACUCCACAGACUAAAUUGGAGGCAUUAAAGGAUAUUUCAGGAUUUAAAAAAAGAGGUUAAAAGGUUAUUAGAUGCUAAUAUCUUCACUAGCUGCAAAUGUGCGCAAAAAUUUCCGAAAAAAUAACAAAAAUUUGGUAAUUGGUGUUUUCGUUAAAUAAAUCGCAUCUGAAUAAGUUUAUACUUCCAGUUGACUUCAUCUUUGUGGUUUCCGCCAGUAGUAACAUCGUUGUUGAUCAUGUGGCUAGUGUGAUGCUAAAAAACCCAAAUCAUUCUAGCCAAAACUUUAAAAAAAAGAAGUUUUUUUUUCAAAAAGGUCAUGUUUUCAUUAAGGGAAUUUGUCAAGUUAAAUUGUAUGGUCAAUGGAAAGGAAGCUACUUGCGUUUAAUUUAGAAAAACUGCAAUGGAAACACUUUUUUCACAUCACUUCUGCUUAUGGGCAAGCCAAGUUGCAUAUUAGCAAGUUAUUUGACUUGGACUUAAAUAUUUAGCUUGUAGCAACAUAAAUAGUACUUUCUAGGUAUUUAGGUCUGAGCUAAACAUUGAGUUUAGAAAAUAAAUAUUUAGUUUGAAAAUUUAAAAAAGAGUCACAUGAUCGGAUUUUGCCACUGCCACAAACCACAAAGAAGACGACAACAGGAAGUAGCUGGAGGAUGGUGGCAUGUUUUUUAAUUACUUAUCUGGUGAACAAACUUAUUCACGUGAUUUCAAUUUCUUUUUUAAUGGAAACACUGCAGUAGCAAUUUUUUUUUUUUUUACAUUAGCAGUAUAUUGACAGUUUUACUCACGUCUGAGAGGAAAGCUCAGCUACUCAUUCUAAAGUUUAUAUUUCCAACCCUCAAAUCUCUAAAUAUUUUCUGCAUUUCUCUAACAUUUUGCACAUUUUAGUCCAACACAUUUGAAUGAUUUUUAGACAUUAUUAAAAUAGUGAAGUUGGCUUCUCAUUCACACUGUGGUAAAGGGCUAUUUCACAGCUUUUAUUGGCAACUUAGAUCAGCCAUUUUUUAACACCUCUCAGACUUGUGAAAUCCUACAUUAUCCUACGUUAAACACAGAUCCUUUAAUUUACAGUUUAAUUUACAUUUAUUUUAUUUGUAAAACAGAAUAGAACAGUUUUCAAAUUUGUAUCUGUCAAAUCACUAACGACAAACUCUAACCAAAUCAGACUUCCUCAGCCUAAAACAAUCAAAUCUAAAAAAAAAAAAAAAAGAUCAUAUGUUUAUGUAGACUCUACGUACAAGCAUUUAAAACAUUUUUUAAAUUUGCAUUGGUUGUUAUUACAAAGAUGUGUCUUAUUUCCAUAAGAAACAUUGGUUGGAGGUGCAACAGCAAUGAUCUUCUGUAUGAAACGUUUAUUGAGAAUAAAGAAAUAAUUAUGCUAAGAUCAUGAAUUGAGGUUAAACUAUGGAACUAUGAAUAUAUAGACCAUUUUCAAGUAAUAAAUUGAGUAUAUAAUGCAUGUAAAUUUUGUAAAGUGCACUUAACACUGGAACUGGAAGAGAUUUUAAAUAUUCAACAACCAAUACAACAAUAAUAAAAGAAAUAAUAAUAAAUACACAAAACCAUAAAUAAAAUGGACUAUGAUGUCUCUGCAAACCGAACUGCCUUUCAAAAAAUAUUAAUCAUCAGAAUUACUCAUUUUAUUUAUCAUCUGAUUAAUUGGUUGUUGCAUCAGGGGUAGAGACAGGAAGAUAAUUGGUGACGCACCGCCUCCAGCCUCCGUCUGGUUGGUAAAUAAUCAUUGGAUUCUAUAUAAAAAUGUCCGAUGCAAAUGAAAUGAUUUUAUAAAGGUUUGUAAAGUAGCGUUUGAAUAAACUGCUGUGACAUUUUAGAGAUACUGGCGUUGUUGGUAGAAGUCCAGUUUGGUUUAUUUAUUACAGACAAGAUAUUAAAUGUUUAUAACCUUUUAACUGAACUUUAAAAAUCCUGAGGUUUCCCUUUAAGGCGCUCUGAAUGCUGCAACGUUUCUGUGCCACAAUAGGAUUUGAGAAACUUUAUCACCUGACCAAUUUCAGGACCUGAUGACAAAGUAUCUAAGUUUUACAGUGUUUUUUCUAUUGAAUCUUCUGAGAUUUCUCCUUUUUCAGUGAUCUGUUGUUGCAAAAAAAAAAAAAAA